AUGAAGGGUGAUACCAUUUCCAGGGUUAGAAAACCACGCAAGAGACGCAGUGGUGGAAGUGAUUCAGUGGAAAACACACUUGAGAAGUGGAAGAAGUAUAACAGGCAACAACAACUUGGUUGUGGAGAAAAUGGUGUGGAAGUGAUUCACAAAGUUCCUGCAAAGGGUUCAAGAAAAGGGUGCAUGAGAGGUAAAGGAGGGCCUCAGAAUUCUGAUUGCAAGUUCAGAGGUGUGAGGCAGAGGAUUUGGGGUAAGUGGGUUGCUGAGAUUCGUGAACCAAUCUCAUGUAAGCAUGUUUGUGAGAAGAAACCAAAUAGGCUUUGGCUUGGUACUUUCUCUACUGCACUUGAAGCUGCUCUUGCUUAUGAUGAAGCAGCUAGAGCUAUGUAUGGCCCUUGUGCCUAUUUGAACUUUCCUGAGUCUACAGUGAAGGAAAUAGUAUCUAAUGAUGGAUCAUCAUCUAGUGCUUAUGAUAAAAAAUCACCAAGUGGUGGUUAUGUGGAUACUUUGAAUGGUGGUGAUCUUGCUAAAGAUGAUGUGUUUGAGGGGAAUCUUCAUCAGUCUCAUGAAGACAAAGCCAAAUUUUCUGAGGUUGGUGUCUUUGAGGAAUCACAAGAGGAACUGGUUCAUUCUGAAGCUUGGGUGGCUGAUGUGUCAAUAGAAGAAUCAAAGGAAUUGGCAAUUGGCACUGUCCAAUGUCAAACAAAUGAGAAAUGUAAGGCAAUAAUUCAUCAAGGGUCUUUCAAGAAUGGAAUAAAUGGAGACAGUGAAGAAAUAGAGAGUGAAUCAGAGAAGGUUUUGAAAAACUCUAAGGAGCCUAUGGAUAUAGCAAGAAAUACAGAAGCUGAUUGUAGCUCUUCUGAUAAUACUGAACGUGUGAAGAGUGAAGAAACAAGAGGAGAAUCAGUGGAAACUUUGAAAUCAUGUGAGUUAAGCCAUAGGGAGGAAGUAAUUUCUGAAAUCAUGGAACUUUGUAGCAGGAAGUGCUCUACGAUUAGCCAUGUUCAUUCACAAAAUGAGCAAUAUAAAAAUGAACAGUUUGAUGAGAUGAAAACUGAGCUUAAGAGUUUGGAUUGCAAGCUGAGAGCCCAUUCUAUUGAUUGCAAAAACGAGACACCUAAAGUAGAGGAUUCCUAUCAUUCCAUGCAAGGAAUUCAUGUGUUAGGUGGUGGCACUGUUGGACAAAUUGAAAGAAUAUCCCAAGUUGAGGCUUUGAACAUCAAUACUAAUAGGAAGUUUUGUGAUAUUUCUCAACAGCUACAGAAACUGGGUGGUUACCUUCCUGGACAUUUGAAUAAUAUGCAAACUGCAGAGUUGGAAGUGGGUUAUGAUUAUAGUUUCUUAAGUCCUGACUAUGAUUUUGGGUUAUUGGAAGAACAGAAGUUACUUGAUGUAUGCUUCUCACAUAUAGGAUCUUAA